UUUCUUGACUUAGUUCUAGGUAUGGUUUUCUUCAUGCAGACAGGAGCUGGUCUACUGGGAAACUUCUUCCUACUUUGCCAUUUUACCUUUAAUCUCCUAACUGGCAAGAGAAUGAGGCCCAUAGACUCCAUUUAUUUCCACAUGGCCUUGGCCAACUGCAUUGUGCUACUUUCCAAGGGAGUCCCUCAGACAAUGUUUGGUUUGGGACUGAAAGUCUUCCUGGAUCACGUUGGGUGUAGACUUAUUAUUUUCCUCCAUCGAGUGGCCCGUAAUCUUUCUAUCAGCAUCACCUGCCUCCUGAGUGGUUUUCAGAUGAUCACCAUCAGUCCCUUUACUUUUUCUAUAUGGCCAGAACUCAAAACCCAUGCCUCAAAGUGCAUUUUCCCAAUAUGUUUCUUCUGCUGGAUUGUACACUUACUCAUAAAUAUCUUUAUGUUUGUGAAAAUGCAUAACUUUAUGAAAAGCAGUAACAACACAAGGAUAUGGAAUAUGGGAUUCUGUUUAGAUUAUGCUCCAACCUCAUUUAAAGUCUCACAAUUUUUAAUUAUGUACUCUAUUCCUGAUUUCCUGUGUGUGGGAUUUAUGGUCAUGACCAGUGUCUACCUUGUGGUCUUUCUGCAAAGACACCAUCAACAAGUCCAGCAUAUUCACAACUCCAGCUUCUUGUCAAGACCUGAGAUUAGAGCCACCUAUACCAUCUUGGUGUUGGUGAGCACCUAUGUCACCUUCUACUCAGUUAAUUCCAUUUUGUCACUUUGCCUCUUUCAGUUUGCUAACUAUGAUCAGUGGUUGAUUCCUACAUCAGCUCUCUUGGCUGCAUGUUACCCGGCCUUCAGCCCAUUUGUGCUUAUCAGCUCUGAUUCCCAAAUUCUUCAUUGCUUUUGCUCACUCUGGGGAAAAAAAGAUCCCAAAACUCUCUUUUUCCUGGGUAAACACUGCCCAACAUUCUGUUUCCACUCUUUCAAUCAGAUACCUUUAAAAAGCUGA